AUGGUGAAGAUGAUCUUUCCCCGGUGGCACCUCUACCCAAUCCGCUCCGGUGAGUUUGCCGUGGAGGAUGACCGGGACAGAUGUGGCCGCGUCGUUCAGGCGGCCUUGUCCAAGUAUAUCUCGGAAUUGCGCGAGAAGAAGGACGAGGUACCUUUCCGGUUGUACCUCUCAUUGUUCGAAGAGAUGGUGGGUCUUCCGAUCAAACGUCGCAAUGUCGAAGACUUCCUGAAAGAGUUUCACUUUUCUCCACCUCUUCAGCAGCAUAAAGGCUUCGGGCCCAUGGCCUGCGCAGCUCUUUCAGGAGAUCAUGACCUAGUUCUUGCCCUUGCACAUGCCAACGCCUCCCUCCACACCCAUGCUCCUGGCAUGCGCGAGACCUUGAACCAGCCACAUUUUACACCCCUGCAUUUGGUGCUUUGGUUCAAGAGUCAGGACCUGCGUGUCUUGGAGACUCUUCUGGAACUGCGAGCCGAUCCCAACUCCUCGACUAUCCAUGCCUGGCCAGCUUUGAUGGGUUGCCGUACAGUGGAGUCUCUGGAGCUGAUGGUGCGCUACGGUGGAGAUGUGAAUACUCCUGGAAAAACGCUCUUUCGAAAUCGGCCAAUCCACAACAUGACAUCUUUCGGGCCGCCGUGUGAAGUUGUUGCCAAAUUAGUGGAGCUCCGAGCGAAUCUACAUGGCUCAACAGAAGGCCUCUCAAGUAUGUCACCUUUUUGUGCGCUUGCAACUCAAGGGGAUUGCUCCCCCAACGAUCUCCGGAUCGCACAGCUGUUCAUUGACAGCAAAGCAGACAUCAACCAAAGGCUCCAGCCGGAGGGCAUGUCGCGGGCCAUGGAAAUGGUGGGUCGAGCUUACUGCCGCUUUAGCAGGGGUGACCCCGGUAUACUUGCUCGAUUCUUUAAGGAUUGCAGCACCACAGGCCUGGGUUGGUGUGCGAUUCUUAACAACGAUGGCCUGUUGACUUUCUUGCUUCAUGCCCGUGCGGAUCCAGAGAUCAGGAACAACAGGGGUCUCCGACCCAUUGACUUUGCCGCUUCUGAGAGAAUUCGAUCGAUUCUUCAAGAUCCUACUCCGCAUUUUCUCGUUUUAGAGCACGAAGCCGAAAUCUUCAGUCAAAGCUUUUGA